UUUUUUUUGCUUCGUGUUCUCAACCACCUCGUUCCACAUCAACAACAUAUAACGCUAUGAAUCUGCUGUACUACGAGUCUCCCUCUAUGGUAGCCAACUCGCCCAUGAUCAACUACAGAAAAGACGCCAAAAAAGGAAUCAAGUUCACCUUCAUGGUGGUAGGCGAGCUGGGCACGGGGAAAACGACCUUUAUCAACUCGUUGUUGAACAAGAAAGUCGUAUCUCAUCGUUACGAGAAAAACGGCAAGGCCACCACCGACACCAAGACGUUGGCUUUCACUUCGGCCAAAGCUGUCGCACUUCCAAACACGUCUAUUUUGACGAGAGACGAGUUCAAUCCUGAGACCAUCCAUGAAGAGCCGGGCAUUGCCUUGACUGAAACCAAAGUUGAGAUGGUUGACGAUGACAACAUGAAAUUGUUGUUGAACAUCAUCGACACGCCGGGCUUCGGUGACAACUUGAACAACGAGUUGUGUUUUGUUGAAAUUGAAAACUACUUGAAGCAACAGUUUGACUUGGUUUUGGCCGAGGAAACGAGAAUCAGAAGAAACCCCCGUUUUAUCGACACCAGAGUUCACGCCUUGUUGUACUUUAUUACUCCUACUGGGCAUGGCUUGCGUGAAAUUGAUAUCCAGUGCAUGAAGCGCUUGUCGAAGUACGUCAACAUCUUGCCGGUAAUUGCCAGAGCAGACUCGUUCACAGCCAAGGAAUUGGACCACUUCAAGGAACAGAUCCGGAUCGACAUCGAGAAGUUCAACGUUCCCGUGUUUCAGUUCGAUAACUACUUGAACGAGUACGACGAAGACGAAGACUACGAGUUGAUACAGGAGUGUAAGUUUCUCGCUGGUUUACAGCCAUUUGCCAUAAUAUCGGCUGAGACUGAGUAUGAGAUCAAAGAUCCCAAAACUGGGGAAGUCAGACGGACUAAAGCCAGACAGUAUCCAUGGGGUUUGGUGGAUAUCAGCGAUCCCAAGAUCAGUGAUUUCUCGGUGUUGAAAUCGGUCUUAUUAGGCUCUCAUUUGCAAGACUUGAAGGACUUGACACACGAUUUCUUGUAUGAGACGUACAGAACUGAGCGUUUGACCAAGGUCACUGGAUCCAAGACAUUUGAAACUGACGAAGACGAAAAUGAGUUCCAUGACACGGUAGAAUCUAUUCCUGAACAUCAUAACCAGUUUUCUGCCAACAGCAAUACCAUCCCAUCGCUUUCGAAUUUGGCCCAACUCACCAAUAUCUCUGCAUUGAACAAUAGCGUAAAUGGGGACACGACUUCCACCACAUCUUCUAUCCGUAAGAGCAAGUCUAUGUUGCUCGAUGAAGAUGGAGAAGAAAUCAUCGAUACUCCAAGGUUCAAGGACACAGCAUCUUUCACCUCUUCCACAUCGACAGUUUCGAUGGAUCUCUCUGCCAGACCACCUGACAGUCCUCAGUCAUCCAGAACAAACAACUCUUUCAAGAGGAAGUCUAUUGGCCCACAACGUAGUCAGUUACGUCAAAUAUCGGAAACUGUUCCUUAUGUAAUCAGGCACGAACGGAUCUUAGAAAGGCAGCAGAAACUUGAGGAGAUGGAGAUGGCUAGUGCUAAAGAGUUGGCUCACAGAGCUGCUUUGUUGGAACAGAAGGCCGCCGACUUGAAGGCCAAAGAAAAGACGUUGAUGAAGAGAUUGGAGCAGGAAAGGUUGCGGAAGCAGCAGUCGAUCCUGCAAAUCCAAGAGGACGUUGCAGACCGUGAAGAAGGUGAAAAUGUGACGAAGUUUGAGGGUUUACCCACCGAGGAAGAGGCCCAUAGGGAGAUUGCGCAUAACUCUACGCUUAACAAGGACGAGACGAUUACAGAUUUGCACUCGAUAGUGAGUCAAUCUUGAGGAGAAGACAGUGUAUCGAUUGAUUUAAAUAGUACCAUUACAUGGAAAGAUAAGAGAGCAGUAGAGUAUGUAGUAUAAGAUGGGUUAAGAGAAUUACUAGAGAAUGCU